UUAUCAUCCCUAUUGUGAUUAUUAACGUUGGCUAAACAAGUUUCUAAUUUUGGAAUUCGAGUUAUACAUUUAUAAAAUCAUUUUUUGGCUGAAGGUGGAUUAUAAAUAACAUCAUAAAUUGACCAUUUAUUUAAAAACUCAGUAUUUUUAUUGAAAACUGUAAACAAUCAAGAUUUUGUUCAGUGAUAAAUUAUAACCAGAGCGACAGAAUGGCGAAAGUUAUUACUCAGGAAACAUUCGAUGAGGUUCUCAAAGAAAACGUUGUUGAAUUCUCCAUGACAGUGGAAGAAGCUCGCGAGGAAACUAUUAAACAAUUUGAAGCGCAAGGGAUUAAUUUGGCUAACAUUAUCAAGGAUCUCAAUCUUAACCCGGAAUCGGGAGUUCCACUGUUGAACGAAAGCAUAGAAUAUCUGAAAAGCAAUCUGGCAGAAUAUGAAUCCCAUGAGGAUGCGGUUCGUACCCAUCUGGCGACAGUUAUAGCCGAAAGUAAAUUGGGUGUUCCUCAUCGAGUACUGGCAUCCAAUUUAGGAGCGUACGAAUUAGCUGUGAACCAACUCGAAAAUGAGGUAGCGAACAAAGAACUGCUAGGUCUACUUGUACAGACAGCGAACGCAAUCAUUCAUAAGCAACCGGAUAUAUUCAAUCCAAAAUCAUUGCAAGUUAUCACCAGACUUCUAAUGACUGAAACCAAUGUAGCCAUUGUAUGUGAUUUACUUCGGUGGUUACAAAAAACGUGUAUUCUUCAUGAAAUGAACCGACAUUUGAUUAUGGAUGAUGAGCUCUGUUUGAAGCAAUUAAAAAUGCUCCUAGACCACGAUGCGAAUGAAAUUGUCAAAAAUGUCUGUUUGCUUUUCCGAUAUCUGAUUCUAGAUGAUGACAUUCGGGUUGAGUUUGGAAAAGCUCAUGAACACGCUAGAACAUUAGCUACCGAGACACUUGCAGAUAUCACCAAGUUGUUGUUCAAAUACAAAUCAGACCAAGACCUCAUUUGUGAACUGCUUUUAACAAUAGCUUCUCUAACAGUUCGUAACGAAUUCUGUCAGGUUGUAGAAGAUGCCGGUGGUAUUAAAUUUAUUAUGGAUGCAAUGGUUGAAUAUUGCGAUUCAAUCAAACUGAUCAGGGAAGCGUGCAAACUGCUAAAGGCUCUAGCAGGAAAUGAUACCGUAAAAAUUCAUAUUAUUCAAAACGGUGCUGCGCCGCUACUUGAAUCGGCACUAAAUCGCCAUAAAGACAACGAAGUGUUUGCUCGACAUGCGUUGGCGUGUGUCGCCACAUUGGUGCUGCGAGACAAGAACAAUAGUAAAGCUCUUUUCGAAACUGGAAUCGCCGAAACCAUUGUGCAGACUAUGAAAAUACAUCCACAAAGUAAGAUUGUUCAACGAAACGGCGCUUGGUCGAUACGAAAUAUGGUCUCUCGUUCACGAGAGCAAUGUGAUGCAUUCCUGUCCCAUGGCGUAGAGGAUGUUCUCAAUCAAGCAUUGACAGAUCAUCCGACUAUUGCCCACGACAUCAAGUCAGCAUUGCGAGAUCUUGGUUGCAAAGUUCAUUUGAACGAGGAAUGGAAGGCCCGUUCGGAUAUUCAAAUCAAGCAUGAUGAAUGAAAAGUAUUAUUACGUUACUAACUUCACUAUACCUCUAAAUACCGUACUUGAUUUUUUUUCUAACCUUCGAAUAUUGUAUUUUGGACUGCACAAAAGUUUUUUUAAUCCGUUUACCACUAUUAAAAACGAAAUUAUUUAACACGCUUGUUAUAUGUUACUAAUAAAUCAAUAUUUGAAAUCAGAA